AUGGCCGACACCGACACCGACACAGUUCCGUUAACAUGUGAGUACUGUGGUGUUUCCGCCCACAAGAGUUGUGCCAAAAGGGCUAAACGAAAGUGCUGCGAAAAAAAGACGUCAAUUGAAGACAAUUAUACAGAAGACAAUGGAACUUUUAGCUCAAGCGACAUUGAUGACAACGAAGAUAGUCUCAGUAAAUCAUUAAUCGAAAAAUCGAUGGUCUUCGAAAAUUCUGUGUUAAAAGACAUGAAUGCAGACUUACGCAAACAAGUAGCGGCCCUGGAGGAUAAAAUUGGUGAAAUCCAAGGUCACGUAUUCACUGAACUUAAGGACAUCCGCACUAAAUUGAACAGGCUAGAGAAUUAUCGGGCAAAAGAAAAUCAAGUUCAAGAUAAACAGGCAAGCUGCAAAAAAACGCCAAGUAAAGGUACCAUUGACCGAGUAACAAAAACCAAGGAAUUCCCGGUGGUGGCGAACAAGAAUAAUAAGGCGACCCCUGUAAAAGAAAUGGAAAAAAAGCAAAUUGAAAUUAUGGAGGACAUCAUUGGACAAAAAAAUUAUGCCAGUGCACUGGCAACACUAUCGACUGCUAAAAAACAAUCCCCAUUUAAGUCCAAGCACACACUUAUUGCCCAAGAGAAAGGAGAAAGGAUUAACAGUAGCGACGGAGGCAAGAAUAAUAACAACAACAACAAGUCGCAGGAAGACUUUCUACAACCACAAACACGCCGAUAUAGAAGACAAAGGACUCUAGGAAGUGCAGUUAUACAAAGCAGCAGUGAAAACGCAUUUUUGGGUAAAAUGGAAAAGAAAACACAAACUAAGAAAAUCUGGUUGUUUGUGUCACGGGUUCAUGAUCACGUAACAGAAGAAUAA